GUCAGAGGGGAGGGGCCACAUAUUUCAACUUCCUUCCUGGCCGAAAAAGGUUGGUAGAAAAAUUGACCGUGGAGAAAGUACCGAGCAUGAACUGUUUGCUUCGCGUUUCGGGCUCUUAUGUUUGUCGUUUUAUUCUGAAAACAAUUCCAUUUCUAAUUACGAUAUUUACACCUCUAUUUACAUUAUUUUCCAUAACCGCCCGCCGCAACACCUGGACAUCUUGCAAGCCUCACACUCAUGGUUGCAACAAAAGCUAAAGUCAGGGAAAUUGUGACUUCAAAAGAGGGACAGGAUCCUGUUGAUAUCAGCCAGCUGAGCCUUGGUAUCGCACGACGCGUUUUGCAGAAGCUGGAGCCAUCGCGUCUGAGCAAUGGAAACUCUGACAGGACCGACACUUGCCCGCAGUUUUCCAAGACGUAUCCAUGCGAAAAAUUAUAUGUGCUUAUUGACAAUCGCCGCUUUAGCAGCAGUAGCCGCCACUGCCAUCAUGACGACGACGAGCUGUGGAGAUCUGGGGAAGAGGGUGACACGAAUAGCGGAUUGGACUUCAGCACUGCAAGCAAUGCUGCUCAGGAGUGGCAAGAAGCCAUCCACGAAUCUCGGGACGAACCUAUGGCCAUUGAUCACUCGGGAGAUCAAGGCGAAGGAGUAGGACAAGUUGGCGACCUCGCUGCUACUAAAGUUGUCCCAGAGUUAUUUUUGGAAACGCUGUCGCAAUCGCAGAUUGGCCCACUUGUUAAAGCGCUGGGCGGAGCCCCGGCUGGUGACCCGGUUGAGCCACAAACCAGCGCAUCCACAGAUAUCCCACAUUUGGAACAGAUCAAAGAAUCCGACGACGCGUGGCUCACAACACAGGAAAGCUUGUGUAAGAUGACUGACGAACUCAUGCUUGAUCAUGAGUUCGUGGGGUCACUGCCUGGCACCGCCGUCGGGACAGAAUGCGACGAGGCAGGACACAUCGAAAAGUUGAAACCAGUCAUUAUCAGCAAUAAUGACGGCAGCAAUGAGAAAGACAGCAAGGAUAACUAUGCUGAUGAUGAUGACAGCAGAGCGAACAAAUUAUGCACCCUCGCUGCUGAGAUGCUGAUUUACGAUGAUUCUUCUGAUAUCCUUGAUGCAAUUUGUGCGGCGCUUCCCAACCCAGAGACAUUGUGUGCGUCUGACUUCGAGCACUCUCGUCUGCAGCCCAACCUGUUUGAGCCGGCACACACUCUGACGUCGCCUCACAAAGGUCCCAGCUAUAUGCAGUCAGUGUACGAAUUUAGUUCAAGCAACUUUACAAUGCCUGAGGAUCCCUCCUUAUGGCUGCAGUUCCAGCGGAAAAAAAUACAGCAAGUGGGCCAGGUCCCAUCCACAUAUUAAGGAGGUUCAAGUGCGACUGAUCCCUCAGACUAGCACAUGCUCGAGCAUCAGCAAGUUCAACCAGCCCAAGUGCCGGGCUUGCAUCGGGCGCGUGGCGAACAAGAGCUGCCGAUUUAUCAACGUGCGCUACAUCACGCAGCUCGAUAUUGAGCUGACCAGUGGCACAAAGA